AAGCCCUAGCCUGAAAUUUCUUCUCCCAGUCGUUCGUAACUAAAGAGCCUCUCUCCGCGAUUGACAUUGGCAGUGACUGGUGGAAAUGAAUGAGUGAUCCGAUUUUAUAUUGGUUUUUGUUUGAUAUAAAUUGUAUAAAAUUUGUUGAGUAGUUUUACUGUCUCGAACACCAACUAUGAGUGGUACUCCCAGUAAAAGAUUGCACGAGGAGGGCGUUGGCGGCAGUGGCGGUGGCGGUGGCGGUGGCGGUCCCGGUCAUUCAUCUUCUUCCAAACACCCACAAUAUGAUUCCGUUCCAUACUCCAGCGUUGGACCCAAGCUGACAUCUUCGGCCAUGAAUGAGUACCAUAACACUUCCUAUGAUAUAGGGCAGGAAGCUCGGAUGCCGAAGAUUCCCCGUGCUGAUUCGCGUGAUGCCGAUAGGAGGUCGCCCCUGCUUCCUAUGUAUCGAGUGCCAUCAUCCUCAAACGAUUUACAGCAUUCUGACCAUUCAAUUGCUUUGGAAAAUAGGUUGGAAAUUAGAGAUUCUAAAGACAACAGCAGGGAUGUCAAGGUUGAGAAUCGCGACUCCAAGGCAGAACCAAAGGAGUUGUACCAUGGAAUUAAAGGUGAUAAAGAUGUAAGAGUUGAGGGCAGAGGGGACGAUAACAAAGAAUAUCCUGAUCAUGAAUAUAAGGGUGAUGCAAAGACGGAAAAGGAUGUUUAUGGUGCAGUGAGUGCUCACCUAAAUUCGAAAGAUUCUAAAGAACACCACAGGGGAAAAAGGUAUUCUGAUGCUCCAGGUGGAAUGGCUGAUACCUGGCAUGCUUGGCAUGCUAAUUUGUAUGGCCCAGUUGAGGUUGGAAAGGAAGGCUUGAGUACGGAAGAGAAGGAGAGGGAUUACGUCGUCGAAGCACACGAGGCUGUUGGGGAGAACAAAGUUGAUUUGAAAGCCGAGGAUAAAUUCAAGGAGAAAGAUAGGAAGAGGAAAGAGGGGAAGCACCGGGAAUGGGGAGAAAGAGAUCGUAGGAACAACUUGCAAGUAGGUAGUGGAAGUGGUGAGGGCAAAGAAUCAAUUAGGGAUGAAAGAGAAGCUGAGAGGUGGGAGAGGGAGAGAAAGGAUCUUUUGAAAGAUAAGGAGAAACUGAAGGAGAGGGAGAAGGAUCAUUUCAAGAGAGAAGGAUGGAAUGGAACUGAGAAAGAGGUUUCACACAAUGAGAAGGAACCAAUGGAUGUAUCUGGCAGAACGUUGGAUCCGGAAAAUUUAAUGCUAGAGCAGAAGAAACAGAAAGACCAUGACAGCUGGAAAAAUGUUGAGAGGGAAGCUAGAGAGAGAAGGAAAGAAAGAGAUGCUGAUGUAGAAGGCGAGAGACCUGAAAAGCGCAGUAGGUGCUAUGACAAAGAAUCAGAUGAUGGAUGUGUGGAUGCUGAAGGAGGUACGGAGAAGGAGAGGGAAGCUUUUAAUUAUGGAGUUCAGCAGCGUAAGAGGAUGCUUCGGCCAAGGGGCAGUCCUCAAAUGGCAAACCGUGAGCCCCGUUUUAGACCUCGUACUCAAGAUAAUGAUGGAACUCAAGGUAAGCUGCUCAUUGAGUGGGGAGUUGUUUGCUUGCUGUAAUCAAUAGGGACUUGUUCCCUGGUUGAGAUAUGCC